CGGCAACUGCGACGGGCUCCUCUCUUUCAGUCAGUUGUGUUUCACGUGGCGUUCCGACAAGUCAGACACAGUCUCUCUCCCUCUCUCUCAUCUCUCUAUAGAAAAAGGAGAAGAAAAAUAUAGGCGCUAUAUACAAUAUACACAAAGAUUGUUUGCCUUCUUCGGCAGUCUGUCACGCGCAAAAGAAUUUCCCUUUCGGUUAGCAUCGCUCCUUUUCAUUCGUUUGACGAUGUUUCCUCUUUCGUGUCGGUCCAACAACCGGCGCUGUGAAUCUACAAGUAUUCUCUUUUCAACGAUUCUUCUUCUUCUCUUCGGGUGUGGUUGGUAUUACGGCGUUGACGGUUUGAAGCUGCUACAAGUGCAAGUCCCAACCGAAGUUGAAAGGGGUCGUUCAGCGGUAUUGGGGUGCCGAUUUGAAAUGGAAGGCGACACCCUUUAUUCUGUCAAAUGGUACAAAGGAGGAAAGGAAUUCUUCCGCGUCGUGCCGAAGGAUAAUCCUCCAGCUCAGACCUUCAACGUCGAAGGAGUCCAAGUUAACUUGGCGGCAUCUGAUCAAAAUCAAGUCGUCCUGGAAAAUUUAAAUCUCAAGAGCGAGGGUCGUUACAAGUGCGAGGUCUCAGCAGAAUCACCCAAUUUUCAAACAGUUUACGACGUUGCUGAAAUGAGUGUCGUUGUUCCACCGAGAGAUUCGCCGGUGAUUACCUCACCUAAAACUGUGUACCGCAUCGGGGAAGAAUUUAUGGCAAAUUGUUCUUCGUUUCCUUCGAGACCACCAGCCACGAUUACGUGGACGAUUGCCGACAAACCGGUAACGAAAGAGGAACUAACACAAUAUCCAUCCACACUGAUUGACGGCGGCCUGGAAGCUUCUGUCGUCGGUUUACAUUUGAAACUCAGAGAUGCACAUUUUGAUCGGAAAGGAAAGAUGAAGCUUACAUGCACGGCUAGCGUCGGAAGGAUGCGCAUCGAUGGACGGACUGUUGUUAACAUUAGCAUCGCUGAUGCAUCCAUUAACGGUGACUAUCCCAGACAGAGGUCUUUGACGCUAGACAGCCGCUCCGGCGCCAAUGCUGGGAUUUGGCAAAAAUCGGAAUUCUGGAGGUUUUGCCCAGCGAUCCUGUUCGUCGUAACUCUAAUGUGUCAAACGUUCGGCUAACACCCAUUUGUGUUGUGCGAUGCAUUUUCAGUCAAAUCCAACCAGAGGUGAAGCCUUUCAAGCGAUAUUGAAUUUUCACUUAUACAGGAGACACACUCUACUUUGAUUAGAUUUUUGUUUCUUUUAUGAUCGAAUUUUUUAUUUCAUUUUUGGCCCUCUUUUUGAUUUCCGUUUUUAUAUAUGACGUACAGUCAUCGAUCGAGUCGCAUAUACGACGUUCGUUCGUGUACGAAAAAGGGCCACACCCCUAUUUUGUGUUAAUGUCAUUUGUACAUUAUACCACACACGCCCCUCAGUUUUAACUCUUUUGGUGCGAUAUAGCUAUACUGUACAUAUAGGUUUCAUUUAGAUUUUACGGGGAUGCAGACCCACUCUUAUACGUUCCAUCGUAAAGAUGACGUGUUAGUCUUCGUGUCUCUUCUUUUUUUUUAGUUUCCUUUUAAAAAUUUUCAUUUUUAAGCUAGGCUAAUCGGUUUGAACAAUGAAACGCGCAGUUUAAAGAAAAAGCCGUACACAUAACGAUAUGGACUGUUGCAUUGUCUUUUCAGUGGAAGCGCAACUGCUGUGUUAUUGCUUAUUCCUUUAAUUAUAGUCUACACCCCAAUAUCUUAGCCAUAUAGUUAAUCUAUAGUUCAUAGCGGUAUAACACUUUGUACAUGAAAAGCUAUACAGUGUGCCAUUUUCUUUUUAGUUUUUACAGUCAACUAUGUUCGUCUUUUCCCUUAAAAUUAAUGUUGAUGCUGUGACAGUUAUUUCUUAUCAUUUAUAUACGACUUUUUUUAUGUAUAAUGUUAAACGUGGCCAUUUUCCCUCUUUUUCUGAUAUGUUGUACUAAAAGGGAAGAAAAAAAAAGGAACAGAGCAAAUCAUCCCAGUCACACGUCUAGCCUACGUCAUAUUUUCUCUCCACCUUUUUCGUUAUUAUAAUGUCAACAGCCCUCAUCUUUCCUUUUCGGCUUUAGCCUUUCAUUUCCUAUACAUGUACGCGUGUGCGAUCAUCAAAGAUUAGACCUCUAUACGGAAGCAAAAGGAUUCACAGCAUUUGAACGUCUGCAUAAAGUCGUUUCCUGUACGCUCCAGCUAACGGAUGCUCACCAUCUUCUUGUCAUUUCGCAUUUCCCAUCAAGUCCGAAGAAGAAAUGCGCCAGAAAAGUCGCCAAACAAGUACACCAAUACACACCAAACGAAACCAAAAAAAUUCAUUGAGCGCUUUAUACGAAAAGGGCAUUGGUUGGAACAAUUGUAGAAAAAACAGUUGGACGUGUAGACUAUAUACGCAUUGAUACAGAAUAACUGCUUUGAUUACUUUAUCAAAAUGGACGGUGGGAGUAUUCCGAAAUUGAAAAACCAUUUUGUUUCUUUUAUGUUAUAUAUGCUCUGUCCACCAAAAAUGCUGAUGGGUUUGUUUUUAUGUUAUACCUUUCUCCAAACGCGUUGUUUCUCCAAAACUAUGUAAAAUUUUAUAUAUAAAUACGAACAUCGGACUACACCGCUGUAAACUUUUCUCUUCAAUAAAAAUGGAACCCUAAA